AUGAUCUCUGCGCUCGUAUGGGUUCCCAAAGGCGCAUCGCGUCGUAUCCCGGAAAAGCUGAAGUUUACCGAUGACGAAAUGAAGAUAUUGUCCAAGGCCGCAUUAGAAGAGGAGGUGGACGAACAAAACGCAAUGGAAGAAGCUAUGGAAGCGGAAGAUGCCGCUGCUGAAGUUCAGGAGAGCCAAGACGAGAAGGAUAGCACGGGACUGCCGGCCUCGUUCAAAAUGAAUGAGUAUGAUGAAGAGGAUGAUGAUGCAGCUAUCAAGAACUACAUUGGUGCUGGUGCUGGUGCGAUCGAAGAUGACGAAGAGGAGGACGAGGUCGAUGGCAUGUCCAGUGACGAUGACAUCGAGGCCAUGCAGGACGAGGAGAAUGACGACCAAGACGACGAACUGGAGAUAGACAAAGAGGACGUGGAGAUUCGUCCUACAGACAGUGUUAUCCUCGUCGCUAAUACGGAGGAGGAUUUUAGCAGCAUCGAAGUGCAAGUCUACGACGAUGAGAAUGGCGCGCUCUACGUACACCAUGAAAUCAACUUGCCAGCUUUCCCGCUGUGCAUGGCCUGGAUGGACUGCGCUCCGGUGCCACUGGACCCGAGGACGGGGCCUGUGGAUGGCAGCUUCGUGGCCGUGGGCACGUUCAAGCCAGGAAUUGAGAUCUGGGAUCUCAAUGUGAUGGACGUGCUGGAGCCCUCGGCGACGCUGGGCGGUGAACAGGAUGAUAAGCUGCGUGAUGUCGCCAUGCCUAAGAUGUCGAAGCGACGGAAGAACUGCAAGACAGUUCUCCAACCUGGUAGUCACCAAGAUUCCGUCAUGGCGCUGGACUGGAACAGCAGCCACCGGAACAUGCUGGCAAGUGGCUCCGCCGACUCGACGGUUAAGGUGUGGGAUAUCACGACACAAAAGUGUUUGUAUACCAUGGCGCACCACAGUAACAAGGUGCAGAGCGUGCGAUGGAAUCCAGCGGAAACGACUGUGCUCGCUAGUGCUUCGUUUGAUCGAAAAAUUGUGGUGCUGGAUGGCCGUCAGCCUGAUGCCUUUUCUAAGUUCCAACUAAGUGCUGAAGUGGAGAGUAUCGCAUGGAUGCCACACAACCCGAGCACCAUCGUGGCGUCAGCAGAAGACGGCGUCGUUGUGGGCUUUGACGUGCGAGUUAAUGGCUCAACCCCGUUGUUCCGUUUCGACGCCCACGCUAGCGCCGUGUCAGCAAUUUCUUUCUCUGCUCAGGUGCCUGGCUUGAUGGCAACCGCUGGCGUUGACAAGACAGUUAAGCUCUGGGACCUCAAUGAUAACACCCCUGUGUGUGUCACUUCGAAGGAGAUGAAUGUGGGUGAAUUGUUUACGCUGUCUUUUUACCAAGACUCGCCGUUCAUGCUCGGCGUCGGUGGCUCAAAGGGUGUGCUGGCGCUCUGGGACACCUCUGAGAACGAAGGUGUUGAGCGCCGAUUUGGCUCUCGCGUACACGGCGUCGCUACAGCUGCAUCCAGCGAUAUUUCAGCAUCUUUUCGGUCGCCAUACCAGCUCGGCGAAGAGCUUGCGCUAGAAGAAGAGCGUGAAAAGCUGGCGAAGAGUAGUAAGAAGGUAGGCAAGGUUAAGAAAGGCACGAAACACUAG